AUGCGAAUUACAGACAAGACACGCUUGGGGCUGUACACGCCACUCGACUGGGCUCUUGCAGCAACGGUCUACCAGACUAGAGGGUGGACGUUUCAAGAGCAAGCUCUUUGUCAACGAGCACUCUGCUUCGUCGACAAUAAAGUCUUCUUUCGGUGCGGGAGCGACGAGUUCAGCGAGGCAUGCUUAGACCAGCCAGUCGCCAAGAAGAGACACGAGUGGGAGGAGCCAUGGUCCCCGCCCCAAGCGUUCCUGCUCAAGGACCCAGUGCGCGACUGGGAAGAUAUCGUCAGCCGCUACUCUGGCCGCGCUCUCACGGAUCAAAGAGAUGUCCUGCGAGCCGUCGAGGGGAUCAUGCGCCGCGCAACAGAGAAGGGGAACAUCCGGUUCAUCGAAGCUUUGGACGUUGGCCAUCUUUCUGGAAUUCUCAAGAAGUAUUUCCUGGUCUGA